CACACACACACACGCACACACACACACGCCUGCAUUUGAUGCUUUUGAAUAAUAGCCUGCUGGCUAGCUCAGCGAAGUGUUCUCGCAAAAAUAAAGCCCCAAAAGCAGCGGCUGCGCUGACCAAAGUGGCCGAAACAGAGCGUCUCAGCCGUGGAGCUCUUACAAGUACAAGCGCCGGCCGACGGCUCGCGGGAGACGAUGGGUUCAGAGCCGCCUUCGUCUCCUCAGGUGGUGGAGGAGGGAGGUGAUGAGGAGGAUGAAGAACUGAGCGGAGGAGAGGAUGCUGAGCUCAGAACGUCUGCAGGACGGGGGUCCGUUCUGACCCGCAGGGGCAUCACGCUCAGAGUGUUACUGAAGGACGGCCUGGUGGAGCCUGGAGACGGAGUUCUGUCCAUUCACUACCUGGGGAAGAAUUUUGUGGGUGAUUUACUGACAGAUGGAAAAAUCCGCUGGGUGGAAACAGGGCAAAUCUUCAACUCUCCGAGCGCCUGGGCCACACAUUGCAAGCGGCUGGUCAAUCCAGCCAAAAAGUCCGGCUGCGGCUGGGCAUCGGUGCGCUACCGCGGAGAAAAACUGGUCCAGUACAAAACCAGCUGGCUCCGCAAGUACCAGCCCAGCGCAGAUAUGAGCCUGGCCAGUGAGGGAGAGGAAGAUGAGAUGGGCGAUGACGAAGAGGAGGAAGGGAAGACGGCUGUUCCGGCGGAGGAGAAAAACAGGAAGUCCAAAACAGAACUGCACGACAUCAGUGCGGUGCAGAAGAGAGGAGACCGAGAGAGAAUCCCUGUCAGAUACUGUACACUCGGGACCAGAGACGUGGCCAGAGAUCCUCACACGCUCGUGGAGCUGUCUGCCUUCUCCGCUAUCAACCGCUUCCAGCCGUUUAACGUCGCUGUGUCCAGCAACGUCCUGCUGCUAAUGGAUUUCCACUGUCAUUUGACCACGAGCGAGGUGGUGGGCUAUCUCGGAGGCCGAUGGGACACUACAACACAGCUGCUCACAGUCUUGCGAGCUUUCCCGUGUCGCACGCGAUUGGCCGACAGAGAGGCUGCACCUGCUGUGGAGGAAGAGAUUUGUCAGAAUCUGUUCAUGCGAGGGCUGUCACUGGUGGGCUGGUACCACAGUCACCCUCGAGGCCCCGCCCUCCCGUCUCUACAGGAUAUCGAUUCACAGAUGGACCACCAGCUCCGCCUCCAGGGCAGCAGCAACGGCUUCCAGCCCUGCCUGGGCAUCAUCUGCGGACCGUAUUACCAUGGCAACCAGGGCGUGGCAUCAACCAUCACUCCAUUCUGGGUGGUCCCUCCUCCAGAGCAACGGCCGAACGACUACGGCAUCCCAGUGGCUGUGGAGGUGACAUACGUCCAAGACAACUUCCUCACUACAGACGUCCUCAAUGAAAUGAUGCUGCUGGUGGAGUUUUAUCGGGCGGCUCCUGACCUGGUGAACUUCAAUCAGAUGUGGUCUCCUGAUACCUCAAUACUGGACAAAAUCAAGGCGUCUCUCAGUGGCCAUGCACCCAAAGACCAGGCCUAUUCCCAGAUUCUGGAGCACGUGUACAACCAGCUGCGCAGCAUACAGUGAAAGGGCCUUCUCACACUGUGUUAGACGUAUAUGUAGGGCAUUUUCACACAGCAUGGUUUCUCAGAUCAGUAUAGCUCUUCUCCUGUUUCACUGUAGUGGCUUGUAGGUCAAUCUGAGAGAUCCAGCUUUGCGAAAUAUGCUCUCUAGACCUGACCUGACCUGACCUGACCUGGGCCCAGAUUUAUCAGACUUAGUGUGUGCAUCCUGAUCUGGGAUCGUAUUAUAUUUAGCAUAUGUACAGUCGUGUGCAAAGGUUUGGGUCAGAUUACCUGUUUUUGUUGACUUUCUAAGUGUAAAUAAGUGAACACAUCCUCUACAGAGACACACUGCUGCACA